AUAAGGCUGCAGCGCCGACGACAGCCCCGGAUGUGUCAUGGCGUCCAAUUAUGUGCCCGAGGUUCUAGCGUUCCUAUGGUCCCCGUAAAUUAGGAUAUCAAAUACGAUCAUUUACUGACCAUACACUCCUACCUUGUCCGAGCAUUAAUGGUAAUGCAUGCAAGGAAACUUCCAAGGCUCAAUGAUGGGUACUUUGACAGAAAUCAGGCCCAUCCUUACGAGAACUCUAGCAAGUACAGCUCCAAAGCAACCCUUGGAAGUCGCUACAACGACAAGGUUCGUGAGUCGCCUUCGAAUGGAAGCAGCCAUGGCCGUAUGGGCAGCCCAGACAGCAGGCAUAGCUAUCACAAGUCAUCGUACAGCCAGAGACCCAAGGAACGGGACCACGAACGAGGGUACGUUAGGUAUGAUCACGACAGCAAGUACAAGAAUUCCUCUGGGUCCAGCAAAUCCCCUGCCUACAAGGAGCGCUUCAGCAAGAGUUCAACAGGAGCCAAGGAGCAACACUCUUCCAAGUGUCGAGGGACAGAGCCCCAUCGGACCAACCAUGAAAGAAGCCACACCACCGAGGAGAGCAAGGAAAAGCUUCGGCAGCAGGUGGGCGACUGGUCGGAGCACGUCAGUUCCUCGGGCAAGAAGUACUACUACAACUGCAAGACGGAGGUGUCGCAGUGGGAGAAGCCCAAGGAGUGGGUCGACUGGGAGAGCGGUCCUGGCACGUCGACCGGGGCCACUCCGGCCGCCGAUGAGCCAACUGCCCAAGUGCCGGCUCGUCUUAAGGGGACGCCCACCAGGUUGCAGAGCACGGUGCCGCUGGCACCCAGCACUGCCUCGGAGCCGGCUGGCCGGUGCAAGGUCCGGGCCUCCCACACAGCCAGUUCGAGUGGCACCAACAGCCGUCAGGGUGACAAGCAUUCCAGCAGCUCUGCCGUGUCGAGCUCCACAAGGCCGUACCAGCAGGCUGCACGGUCGGACACACGGCGGCCGAGCGUUUCCUCGGCACGAAACUCGGACCUGCGUAAGGACUCGCAGACGCAGGACAUGGACAUCUCUCCGGCGAGCAGCGGGACGCCUGGUCAGGAGGGGCGGAGCGGCCUGCUGGUGUCGCCGUCGCAAGUGACCCUGGCCAGCCUGCCCCGCAUGAUGUCGCAGCUAGCGGGCAGCCAGGGGCUCCCCAACCUAGACGACAUGUCGCCCCAGGAAGCGUACCGGACAAUACAGCAGGCGCUGCAGCUGACCAAGCAGGCUCAGACGACUGCCCUGGGACCCGAGGCGGAGUGCAUGCCUGGCCAGCCGCUGCCUCCCCUGGCUGUCACGGACAAGGGGGGGGCGUCGCCCUCCUCGGACUACAGUGCCCACUCGUCCAGGCACGACAGCCCGACGUCUAGCGUGAGCAGCCUGCACAGUGUGGGCGGCCCCAGCGCCCUGGUCACGGCUGUGCUCAAGCCGACGGCCCCGAGCCUGACGCCGUCACUAGCCAACUACUACAACGAGGCCCUGAUUGGCCACGUCACGGGCUGGCAGGCGGACCACGCCGAACGCCAGGCCAAUCGGUACAGCGAGGAGGCGCACAGCCUUGGAAGCUUAAACUGCACUCGAGUCUCGGCCGAGCUGAAGAUGGCGCGGUCGCUGGUCAGGUUGGCCGAGAUUCAAGCGACCUUGCAAGAGCAGAGAACGUUAUUUUUAAGGCAGCAAAUCAAGGAGCUGGAGGAGCUGAAGAGCCAGGUGAACUUCAUGUCGGACUCCUAGUGAGGUCAAGUUCUAGGAGCUGGGACUACGGGCAGGGCACUCCCGGGGGCAGUGGCCAAGUGCCUCCGAGACGACGCAGGGGCACCCGUUUUUUAAGCAGGGACUGACCAUUUGUACAUAGCAUACCGAGGAAUAAAGAGCCUUGGAUGGGA